ACCUAAUUCCUUUAUAUAAUUCUUUUUCUCCAUUCGCCGGGAAACUUAUGGCUAUCGCCGUCGUUUCUUCACGGAGAAUGAUUAACAUCGGAAACCCAAUUCGGCGAUUCUUCAUUCUCAACCACCGCUUCUUCUCCACCGAGUUAACUCCAAACAACAUCACACCGAUAAACCAAGACCAUCUCCUCCGAGUCUGUACAAUUCUCUACCAGCAACAGAACUCGCCUGAUUCACGUCUCGUCUCUAAACUCUCCUCCACCAAAUUUCAACUAACACACGAGUUCUUCCUCCAAGUCUGCAACAAUUUCCCACUCUCAUGGCGUCCGGUACACCGUUUCUUCCUCUAUUCUCAGACUCACCACCCUGAUUUCGUCCACACUUCCACUACCUCUAAUAAGAUGCUUGCAAUCAUCGGGAACUCAAGAAACAUGGAUCUUUUCUGGGAAUUGGCUCAAGAGAUCGGGAAACGUGGAUUGGUUAACGAUAAGACGUUUCGGAUUGUGUUGAAAACACUUGCUUCUGCUCGAGAGUUGAAGAAAUGUGUUAACUUUUUCCAUCUGAUGAACGAUUUUGGGUAUUUAUAUAAUGUGCAAACGAUGAAUAGAGGAGUGGAGACUCUGUGUAAGGAGAAGCUUGUGGAAGAAGCUAAGUUUGUUGUUAUUAAGCUGAGAGAGUUUAUCAAACCUGAUGAGAUUACUUAUAGGACGAUGAUUAAAGGGUUUUGUGAUGUUGGUGAUUUGAUUGAAGCUGCUAAGCUUUGGAAUUUGAUGAUGGAUGAAGGAUUUGAGGUUGAUAUUGAAGCUGGUAAAAAGAUUAUGGAAACAUUUCUAAAGAAGAACCAGUUUGAUGAAGCUUCGAAGGUCUUUUACGUGAUGGUUUCGAAGAGAGGUUGUGAUUUAGAUGGGUGUUUCUACAGGGUUAUGAUUGAUUGGUUAUGUAAAAACGGUAGGAUUGAUAUGGCACGUAAGGUGUUCGAUGAAAUGCGUGAGAGAGGUGUUCAGGUGGAUAACUUAACUUGGGCGUCGAUAAUCUAUGGACUGUUGGUUAAACGAAGAGUUGCAGAGGCUUAUAAGACGGUGGAAGGGGUUGAGAAUCCGGAUAUUAGUAUCUAUCAUGCAUUGAUAAAAGGGUUGGUGAAGAUUAAACGGGCAAGUGAGGCAACAGAGGUUUUCAGGAAGAUGAUACAGAGAGGGUGCGAGCCUAUAAUGCAUACGUAUCUUAUGUUGCUGCAAGGACAUUUGGGUAGGAGAGGAAGGAAAGGACCGGACCCGUUAGUGAAUUUCGAUACGAUAUUCGUUGGAGGUAUGAUCAAGGCAGGGAAACGCUUGGAAAUUACAAAGUAUGUAGAGAGAACGUUGAAGAGAGGGCUUGAAGUUCCUAGAUUUGAUUAUAGCAAGUUCUUGCAUUGUUAUUCUAAUGAGGAAGGUGUGGUUAUGUUUGAAGAGAUGGCCAAGAAACUUAGAGAAGUGAGCUUGUUUGAUUUGGCUGAUAUAUUCCAGAGAUUAGGAUAUGGGGACGACGGACAUGUCAAACGCGAUAGAAAAGACGUUGAUGAUGAGGAAGACGAUGAGAAGAAGUACAACCUUUGGUCCUUAGAUUUAAAGCUGGAAGGCAAGUUGUGGCACGUCCUGAUUAUAGGGGCGGAACCGAUUAGGGUACAAGGCUGCGACGGGAAAGAUGUGAUGAAACUUGGACUGCGGAUAGUUGUUGCACAUAACUUGGAUAGUGUGAGAAACCUAGCUACAGAUUUCAAAGGCAACCUCUUAAAUAUCUCGAUCUCUAGGUCCAGAGGGAGUUGAUCAAACUUGUUCUUCUUUUCCGACUUUUGUAGAUUCUUGUUGUUGUUCACGGUUUUGAUCUUUUUGCUGCGUGUCCUCAUGAUCAAUCGCUCUUGUUUCCAAACCCUAAAUCAAGAAUCCAGCACCGU